CCUGAUGCCAUUUCCCACAACUUACCUCUGCGAAACUGGAUUUUCUAUGUUGGUGGUACACAGGACCAAAUACAGGAAUAGGCUUAAUGUUGAGCCAGACCUCCGUUUGCAACUUUCUGCACUUCAACCUGACAUUCACCACUUGGUAGCUGGCAAACAUCAGCCAUCUCAUUAGCCUUACAGGCCCAUCAGAUCAACCAGGUGCCUUGUUUCAAGCAGCGAUGGCAGAAUCCAGGGACUACGUCGGAGACUUUCUUGCAGAGUUCAAGGAGCAGAUCAUUGUACGGGCAACACGAGUCAGUGACAUCACAGAGGCUGUCGUCUCUGAAAACCUGAUCAAUGACAGGGCAGCCCGUCAAGUUCAAGCUGCUCACACUGAGCAGGAGGCAAUGAGGCUUCUGUUUGAGGCCCUGGAAAGAGAACCUGCUCAACACAAAGUGUCCUUUCAUCUGAUACUGAGAAUGACAGAGCCAGAACUUAUUCAAGAGCUAGAAUGGCGACAACGGAACAGCAAGCAUACCCAGACAGAAGUGGAUCAGUUUUCUAGACAGAAGAAAAGGGAGGAUGACAAGAGUAGAAAGAAUGCUGACACACAGCUAAAGAAAGACUCGCUGAAGAGAAGAAGAAUGGAGACAAUGCAAGCCAUAGAACAGAUUGAGAAACUUUGGGAAGGAACAAAACGAGAGAGAAAUGAGCUUGACAGUAUGAGGGAAAGAAUCCAGAGACAGCAAGAUGAGAUUGCCAGGAUGACAGUCGAGAAAAGACAGCUAGAAGGAAUGUUAGCACAAAUGAGGAUACAGCUGGAACAUGUCAAUGAAAAGAUGCAACAAAACAGGGAGGGGAUAAACCAAGAAAAAGAUAGGAUUGAGCAAAUGAGAACUGACCUGCUAGCAGAGAGGAAUUCCUUGGAACACAAACGUGAUGAAAUUGUCAGAGAGAGACAAAACAUAGAAAUAAUGAAGUAUGAGACAUUGAGAGCAAAAGAGGAGAUGGAGAGCAGUCGUGAAGCUACAAAGUAUGAAAUGGAACGAAUGGAGCAAAUGAAGACUGCCAUACAAAGGCAAAUACACGACAUAGAAAAAGAAGUUGAGGAGACCAAACAAGCUAAAGACAAGAUGGAUCAGCUAAAAGCUGAGCUUGAGGAAGAGAGAAAUGAUCUAGACAGGAAGAGGGAUGAUAUUAAACGACAAAGAGAGCAAUUUGAGCAAAUAAAACAUGAGCUACAUAGAGUGAAAGAAGAGAUGGAGCAAAGAUGGCAUGAGACAGAGAAGGAGGAUUUGGAACGGAGAGCUAUAAUUCAAAGAGAGAAAGAGGAGCUGACAAAUGUGCAAGCGGAAGUUCAGAAAGCAAAAGAAGAGACUGAGAAGAGCAAGGAAGAAUCAAAGCGUGAGAAGGACAAAAUAAACCAAAUGAGAGCAGAAAUGCUUAAAGAGAAACACCUCUUAGAAAAAAGGUGUCAAGAGACUGUGAGAAAAGAAAAGGAGUUGGAGCAGAUUAUUCACAAGAUUAAAACUGAAAGAGAGGAGUUGGCACUAAAUGGAGAGUUAGUAAAACAAGAGUGGGAAAAGGUGGAGCAGGCCAAGGCAGAUUUCCAGUCUCAAAUGACAUCCAUUGAGACAAAAAUUGAGGAAAUAAAGCGAGCAAAUGAAAAACUGGACCGGAUGAAACUGGCCAUUCAUAAUGAAAAGGAGGUUCUGGAAAAGCAGAGGGAUGAUAUACGAAAGGCUAAAGAGGAGAUGGAGAAAAGGAGGUACGAGAUAAUGACAGAGGAGCUGGAACAAAGAGCUCAGUUGCAGAAGAAUAGAGAUGAACUGGAGGCAAUCAAAAAAGAAAUACAGAGAGCUAAUGAUCUGGAAAGAGCAAGAGUGGAGAGAAUGAAAGAGGACAUCACUCGGACAAAGGAGGAGGCUCAACAAGACAGAGAUGCAACUGAACAAAUGAAAGCUGAGAUAAAGAUUGAAAGGGACAACCUUAGAAGAAGACAAGACGAAAUAUUGAGGGAGAGGCAAGAGCUAGAGAGAAUUAGGCAUGAAACAGUCAGAGCCAGAGAGGAGAUGGAGAAAUGCAAGGAAAUCACAAUAGGGGAGAAUGAAAAAAUGGAAAAAAUGAAGGUUGACAUUCAAGCCCAAAUAGAAGAUAUAGAAAAACAGGUUAGAGAGACAACUGAAGCAAAGGAAAACAUGGAUGAGAUGAAAGUGAAAUUGGAGGAGGAGAGGGACGAUUUGGAAAGGAAGAGGGACAGUGUCAAAAGAGAAAUGGAGCAAUGUGAGCUUAUUAAAUUAGAGAUCAUUCGAGUGAAAGAGGAAAUGGAGAGUAGAUGGCAAGAGACUGAAAGAGAAGAAGUAGAGAUGAGAGAAAAAACACAGCAAGAGAGGGAGAGACUUGAACAACUGAGGGAUGAGCUGCAGAUAGUCAAAGAGGAUACAGAAAAGAGCAAGAAAGAGAUAGGGAAAGAAAGGGAAAGUCUUGAAAUGCUGAAAAGACAAACCGCAGAGGACAGAGACGCUGCAGUCAAAAAGAUGGAUGAGGUCAAAACAAAAACUGAGGAGUUAUCACAUGUUAAAAAUGAGAUAGAAAAAGAGAAAGAAGACAUCAAAAGAGAUUGGGAAGUGAUUAAUCAAAAGCUGAAUGAAAUUACACAAAUGAGAGACGAACUUCAAAAUCAAAUGGCAGAAAUUGAAAAUAAGACUGCUGCAGCCAAGUCAGCCAAAGACGAGGCAGAUAAAGCCAAGCUUGCAGCAGAGGAAGUGGAGCUGAUCUUGAAAAAGCAAAAGGAAGAAAUGGAAAAGAGAAGAUAUGAGACUGUGAAAGAGGAGCUGGAGCAAAGAGCUGAGAUACAAAGAAAAAAGGAGGAACUGGAGCAUUUGAAUAAUGAGAUACAAAUAGCCCAAACAACAUUACAAACAACAAGAGACACUGACAAAGAUACAUUAGAGAAGAUUUUGCUUGAAGCACAGGAAGAGAGAAUGAUUACUGAGCAAAUCAAAACUGCACUGCAGAGUGAAAUGGUUCUUCAGGAAAGGCGAACAGGUGAGAUAGAAAAAGAAAGGCAAGAGCUAGAGAAUCUUCAGUUCCAGAUGCAGAAGAUGAAGGAGGAGCUGGAAAAGAAGCAGUAUGACACCAUGAGAGAUGAUCUGGAGAGGAGGGCUGGGCAGCAGAGAGAAAGGGAAGAGCUUGAUAGGAUCAGGGCUGAGCUGGAGAGCGACAAAGCGGCCCUACACAGAAGCGGCGAGAUGAUAAAUCAAGAUAAAGAAAAGUUGGAACAGAUGAUGAUAGGAUUUCAAGAGCAAAAGGAAGAUAUAAAAAGAAGACUAGAACAUGCCAGACAAGCAGAGGAUGGAAUAAGACAAAUGAGAGAAGAAAUUGAGCUUCAAAGAGAACAUCUGGAGAGGGUUCGUGUGGAGACGGAGAAGGAGAAAGAGCCAUAUGAAAAAGUCAAGAAUGAGCUUAACAGAUUGAGAGGGGAGAUGGAAAGACUUUGGGAUGAAGCAGAAGGAGAAGAACAGGAGGAAAGAGAGAAAUUUCUGAGAGAGAAGGAGGAGAUGAAUAAGAAGAUGGAGGAGAUGAACUAUGAGAUGAUGCAGAUCCAAGACUUGAAAAUGGAGUUAAAAAGACAGAGGGAGGAGGUAGAGGUAAAACUGGAGAAGGCAAAGAGAGAAAUGAAUAAACUUGAGCAGCUGAAGGCAGACCUGCAGAGACGCAAAGAGGAGAUUGAGAAAAAAACUGCAGAGACUAAGAGUGAGAGGGAUGAAUUGGAGCAGGUGAGAGCUGAGAUACUAAGGCAAAAGGAAGACGUGGAAAACAAAAUGCGACUAGCGAAAACAGAGAUGGAAAAGAUGCAACGAGUCAAGGAAGAAAUACAACAACAAAGAGAUGAAUUGGAAGGAAGGAUGCAGAGGGCAAAAAGAGAAAUGGAAGAGAUGGAGCUCAUGAAAAAAGAAAUGGACCGAAAGAAAAAGGAGGUUGAUCAAAGAAUGAAGCAGACCAUGAGGAAAAAAGAAGAGAUGGACAGAAUAAAGAUGGAAAUACAGAAAGCCAAAGAAGAAAUGGAACAUAGAAAGGCAGAGACUGAGAAGGAGAGAUAUGAGAUGGAAUGUGUUAAAGCUGAGAUCCAAAAAGCAAGAGAGGAAUUUGAGAUUAGGGUAGAAGAGAGAGGUCCAGAUCUCGAAGAAAAAGAAGAGAUAAAUGCUGAGAUCAUCAGCUUGAUUCGUCAGAUUGAAAGAACUAGGGAGAUGAUAUGGAAUACUAAACUUCAGGUGGAAAACAGGGUGGCGGAAAGUCAACUGGAAGCAGUAUACAAAGAGCAGAUGAACGCAGAGAUGCAGAGACUCAUUGUAGAAGUUGAACAAAUCAGAGAGAUGCUGCGAAGGCUUAAAAAAGAAAUGGAACAAAACAAGGAGGUUAUCAGGAGUGAGAAGGAUGAGAUAAGAAUGUUAAAGACCGAGAUGCAACGAAGAAGAAGAGACUUACAAUACAGAGAAGAAAAGAAUAUGAGAGAGCGGGCUGAGUUGGAAGUCAUGAGUGCCAAGAUAAAGCGACAAAAAGAAGAGCUGGAGGACAGACUAGAAGACAUUGUACAACAAAAUGAGAAGACAGAGCAGAUGAAAGAAGAAGUGCAACGGGCUUUGGAGAAAAUGGAGCUUGAAAAGGAGGAAAUAAGCCAGGCAAAAGAAAUAAUACUCCAAAGGAAGACCAAGGAAGAGAAGGUAUCCCAAGAUGACUACAAAACAGAGAAGUUACAGCCUGGAACAACAGACUACCUCGAAAAAGAAGAGAUGAGAGCUGUUGAAACACUUUCAACUGAUCACUAUGCAGCUAUGAUGUCUGAUAUAGACCAAGAAAGGAAUGAACUGGAGCAAUACAAAGAAAACAUGUUAAAAGAGAAACAUGAACUAGAAAGGACAAAGGAAGAUGUUCAGAUGGCAAGAGAUGAAGUUGAAGCAAAGCUGGCCAAACUGAAAGAGGAAGAAAAAGAGAUGGAAAAGAAGAAAGUGAGUCUCAUAAAUAUGGAAGAAAUACUGAAUCAAAGGAAACAAGAGCUUGACAGCAUGCAAGUAAAUAUAGAAAGACAGAAGAAUGAAAAGGACUACACAUAUAAACCUACAGCGAUGGAAACAAUGCAGUCUGAUAUGCAAGUGCAAACUGAAGAAUGGGGAAGCGUGAGAGAGAUAAAAAUAAUGGAGGCAGAUAAAAAACAUGAGCUGGAGAAAGAAAGAGCAGCUUUAGAGACGUUCCGAGAAGACAUUCUUGAACAAAAGAGUAUUUUAGAGAAGCUAAAAGAAAAAGUAAAACUGAGAGAAGAUGAACUUGAGCUUAAACAAGCUUCAAUUCAGAAACAAAAACAAGAACUAGACACAGACAUCCAGUUAAGGAAAGAGGAGAGAGAUGAAAUAGAAAGGAGAAAAAAGCAAUUACACAAGGAUAUUGCCAUGAUGGAACAAAAGAAAACAAACAUGGAAAGACAAAUGAUGGAUAUUAGCUUUUACCAAAAAGGUUUACAGAAGGAAAAGGAUAUAUCUGCACAAGCAGAAAUGCUUGGGGAUGUAGGUGCUAUGUUUACUGGCGUUGAGAUACAACAAACUAGGAGAAAAGAUGAUCUGGAAAGGGAAAAGAAUGAGUUAAAAAUGGCAAAAUUAGAAGUAAAGAAAGCAUGGGAUGACCUUCAUACUCAAAAUUUAAAAAACAGAGAAAAUGAAGCAAGGAUAAGAAUAGAACUAGAACAAGAAAGAGAUGCUCUAAAUCACUUAAGUCUCAAUAUUGAAACACAGAGACAAGCUAUGAAAGAUGAACAACAAAAACUCAGAUUAAGAAUGGAAGAGCUGGAGGUCCUGCAAAGCAACCUGCAAAAACAGCAGAGAGCAAAUGAAGACGCUGUGAAAAUGACUAUUGCUGAGAAGAGGAAUCUAGAAAAAAUGCAGUCUGACAUAAAUGAACAACAAAAACAACUGACAAUGUUCCAGGAUAUCCAGAAGAGAGAAAAAGAUGAUCUUGAAAAGAUGAGGUCUGAAAUUGAAAAGGAAAGCCAAAAAACAAAUAGUAGGCUAAAUGAGGAAUUGAAGAAUGAAAGAGCAAAACUUGAAAGUGUAAUGUUAGAACUGGAAAGUGUAAAACAAAAGAACAUCGAACUGGAUAAAGAUUUAGAACUCCAUAAAAAAAUGAGGGACAUACAGAAAGAGAGAGAGAAACUUGAGCAGAUGAACAUGCACAUCUCAAGCCAAGCCAAAGAUGUUGAAAAUGAAAAGGAACAAGUGAGACUCAGAAAAGAGGAACUGGAAGAGAUACAAGUAGAGAUUUCAAAACAACAAAAACAGAUGGAUGACAUGAAAAACACAAUAAUGAUAGAAAAAGGACAGCUUGAGCAAAAGUGGAAUGACCUGAAUAAAGAAAAGAAAGAAGUUGAUGAUAUCCUAAAGUUUGUUAGUACUGAAAAGAGCAAUAUUGAAAGAGAAAGAUCUGAAAUUGAUGAGGAGAAGCAGCAACACAAGGCCAGACUGACCAGAGAGUCAGAGGAUAUGAAGCACAAGAAAGACACAAUUGAGGAGGAGAAGAGCAUGUUAGAGAAGAUGAAGGUGGAUCUAGACAGAGAAGCUGAGAACAUAGAGAAAAUGAAGCUUGACUCACAGAACGAGAAAGUGAAGGUAGAAGAAAUAUACGCACAGAUUCAAAGAGAAAGAAACAUUAUCAAAAGUCUUGCUGAAGAGAACCAAAAGGAAAAAGAAGAGCUGGAUGGCUUUCAUGCUGAGAUAGAAAAGCAAAGAGAAGCAGUUAAAGUAGAUAAAGAGAUGAUGGACAAAGAAAAAGCAGACCUGGAGAUGAUGAAAGAAGCGGUAAAGGAAAGAAAAGAAGUUCUAGAAGACCAAAUAACCAAAGAAAGGAAAAAGAAUGAGAUGACACAGGCAGAGAUACAGAAGGAGAGAGACACUGUUGAACAUGAAAAGCAAAGACUAAGACUGAGACAAGAUGAUCUAGAACGACUGCAGGCAGAAAUGAUAAAACAACAAAAAGCAAUAGAUGAGUUGAGGAACACGAUCAGUACUGAAAGGAAUCUGCUUGAGAAGAAAAAGGCUGAACUUGAUGAACAGGAACAAGAAAUGAACUACAUCACUGCUCAACUCCAAGAAGAGAAGAACAAUUUUGAGACAGAAAAGGCUGAAAUAAUAACAGAGAAAGAAAAUAUGAUGGAUAAACUCCAGAGUGAAAGGGAAAAUGUGGAACUUCUGAGGAAGGAAGUGCUCAGUGAAAAAGAGUCAUUAGAAAAUAAAGUAGAGAUUCUGAAGACAGAUAUGGAUGAAAUGGAACAAAGAAAAUUCAAUUUGGAGAAACAGUUAGAAAACAUAAAGCUCCAGAAAGAAAUGAUUGAGGAUGAGAGGAACCAACUGGAAGUGGCAAAGGCUGAGCUGCACAGAGAAGCUGAGAAUAUUGAAAAAUUAAAACAAGAGACACAGAAAGAAAGACAGAGAGGAGAAGAAAUGGCUGCACAACUUCAAAAAGAGAGGGAUGAUGCUGCAAAUCUUUCUGAGGAAGUGAAGAGGAAAGUGGAAGACCUAAAUAGGAUGUGGGCUGAUCUUGAAAAAGAACGAGAGGCACUCAAAUCUGAGAAAGACAAGCUCAGGAUGGAAAUGCGUGAUCAUGAGAGCUCAAAGACAGAACUUGAGAAAGGCAGAGAAAAUCUAGAAAAACAAGUGACUGAACAAGAGGAACAAACUAAAAUAAUUCUGUCAGACAUACAGAAAGAGAGAGAGAAACUUGAGCAGAUGAACAUGCACAUCUCAAGCCAAGCCAAAGAUAUUGAAAAUGAAAAGGAACAAGUGAGACUCAGAAAAGAGGAACUGGAAGAGAUACAAGUAGAGAUUUCAAAACAAGAAAAAGAGAUGGAUGACAUGAAAAACACAAUAAUGGUAGAAAAAGGACAGCUUGAGCAGAAGGUGGAUGAACUGACUAAAGAAAAGAAUGAAGUUGAUGAUAUCCUAAAGUUUGUUAGUACUGAAAAGAGCAAUAUUGAAAGAGAAAGAUCUGAAAUUGAUGAGGAGAAACAGCAAAUGGAGAACAAGUUCAGAACUGCACUGAAGAGAGAGAUGAAAAAUGUGGAGCUCCUAAAGAAAGAGUUACUUGAUGAGAAGGAAUUAAUGGAAAAGAACAAACAGCUGUUAAAGAGAGACAUGGACAAAGUGGAACAACACAAGGCCAGACUGACCAGAGAGUCAGAGGACAUGAAGCACAAGAAAGAUACACUUGAGGAGGAGAAGAGCAUGUUGGAGAAGAUGAAAGUGGAACUAGACAGAGAAGCUGAGAACAUAGAGAAAAUGAAGCUCGACUCACAGAACGAGAAAGUGAAGGUAGAAGAAAUAUACGCACAGAUUCAAAGAGAAAGAAACAUUAUCAAAAGUCUUGCUGAAGAGAACCAAAAGGAAAAAGAAGAGCUGGAUGGCUUUCAUGCUGAGAUAGAAAAGCAAAGAGAAGCAGUUAAAGUAGAUAAAGAGAUGAUGGACAAAGAAAAAGCAGACCUGGAGAUGAUGAAAGAAGCGGUAAAGGAAAGAAAAGAAGUUCUAGAAGACCAAAUAACCAAAGAAAGGAAAAAGAAUGAGAUGACACAGGCAGAGAUACAGAAGGAGAGAGACACUGUUGAACAUGAAAAGCAAAGACUAAGACUGAGACAAGAUGAUCUAGAACGACUGCAGGCAGAAAUGAUAAAACAACAAAAAGCAAUAGAUGAGUUGAGGAACACGAUCAGUACUGAAAGGAAUCUGCUUGAGAAGAAAAAGGCUGAACUUGAUGAACAGGAACAAGAAAUGAACUACAUCACUGCUCAACUCCAAGAAGAGAAGAACAACCUUGAAAGAGAAAAGGCUGAAAUAAUAACAGAGAAAGAAAAUAUGAUGGAUAAACUCCAGAGUGAAAGGGAAAAUGUGGAACUUCUGAGGAAGGAAGUGCUCAGUGAAAAAGAGUCAUUCGAAAAUAAAGUAGAGAUUCUGAAGACAGAUAUGGAUGAAAUGGAACAAAGAAAAUUCAAUUUGGAGAAACAGUUAGAAAACAUAAAGCUCCAGAAAGAAAUGAUUGAGGAUGAGAGGAACCAACUGGAAGUGGCAAAGGCUGAGCUGCACAGAGAAGCUGAGAAUAUUGAAAAAUUAAAACAAGAGACACAGAAAGAAAGACAGAGAGGAGAAGAAAUGGCUGCACAACUUCAAAAAGAGAGGGAUGAUGCUGCAAAUCUUUCUGAGGAAGUGAAGAGGAAAGUGGAAGACCUAAAUAGGAUGUGGGCUGAUCUUGAAAAAGAACGAGAGGCACUCAAAUCUGAGAAAGACAAGCUCAGGAUGGAAAUGCGUGAUCAUGAGAGCUCAAAGACAGAACUUGAGAAAGGCAGAGAAAAUCUAGAAAAACAAGUGACUGAACAAGAGGAACAAACUAAAAUAAUUCUGUCAGACAUACAGAAAGAGAGAGAGAAACUUGAGCAGAUGAACAUGCACAUCUCAAGCCAAGCCAAAGAUGUUGAAAAUGAAAAGGAACAAGUGAGACUCAGAAAAGAGGAACUGGAAGAGAUACAAGUAGAGAUUUCAAAACAACAAAAACAGAUGGAUGACAUGAAAAACACAAUAAUGGUAGAAAAAGGACAGCUUGAGCAGAAGUUGGAUGAACAGAAGAAAGAAAAGAAAGAAGUUGAUGAUAUCCUAAAGUUUAUUAGUACUGAAAAGAGCAAUAUUGAAAGAGAAAGAUCUGAAAUUGAUGAGGAGAAGCAGCAAAUGGAGAACAAGUUCAGAACUGCACUGAAGAGAGAGAUGGAAAAUGUGGAGCUCCUAAAGAAAGAGUUACUUGAUGAGAAGGAAUUAAUGGAAAAGAACAAACAGCUGUUAAAGAGAGACAUGGACAAAGUGGAACAACACAAGGCCAGACUCACCAGAGAGACAGAGGAUAUGAAGCACAAGAAAGACACAAUUGAGGAGGAGAAGAGCAUGUUAGAGAAGAUGAAGGUGGAUCUAGACAGAGAAGCUGAGAACAUAGAGAAAAUGAAGCUUGACUCACAGAACGAGAAAGUGAAGGUAGAAGAAAUAUACGCACAGAUUCAAAGAGAAAGAAACAUUAUCAAAAGUCUUGCUGAAGAGAACCAAAAGGAAAAAGAAGAGCUGGAUGGCUUUCAUGCUGAGAUAGAAAAGCAAAGAGAAGCAGUUAAAGUAGAUAAAGAGAUGAUGGACAAAGAAAAAGCAGACCUGGAGAUGAUGAAAGAAGCGGUAAAGGAAAGAAAAGAAGUUCUAGAAGACCAAAUAACCAAAGAAAGGAAAAAGAAUGAGAUGACACAGGCAGAGAUACAGAAGGAGAGAGACACUGUUGAACAUGAAAAGCAAAGACUAAGACUGAGACAAGAUGAUCUAGAACGACUGCAGGCAGAAAUGAUAAAACAACAAAAAGCAAUAGAUGAGUUGAGGAACACGAUCAGUACUGAAAGGAAUCUGCUUGAGAAGAAAAAGGCUGAACUUGAUGAACAGGAACAAGAAAUGAACUACAUCACUGCUCAACUCCAAGAAGAGAAGAACAAUUUUGAGACAGAAAAGGCUGAAAUAAUAACAGAGAAAGAAAAUAUGAUGGAUAAACUCCAGAGUGAAAGGGAAAAUGUGGAACUUCUGAGGAAGGAAGUGCUCAGUGAAAAAGAGUCAUUAGAAAAUAAAGUAGAGAUUCUGAAGACAGAUAUGGAUGAAAUGGAACAAAGAAAAUUCAAUUUGGAGAAACAGUUAGAAAACAUAAAGCUCCAGAAAGAAAUGAUUGAGGAUGAGAGGAACCAACUGGAAGUGGCAAAGGCUGAGCUGCACAGAGAAGCUGAGAAUAUUGAAAAAUUAAAACAAGAGACACAGAAAGAAAGACAGAGAGGAGAAGAAAUGGCUGCACAACUUCAAAAAGAGAGGGAUGAUGCUGCAAAUCUUUCUGAGGAAGUGAAGAAGAAAGUGGAAGACCUAAAUAGGAUGCGGGCUGAUCUUGAAAAAGAACGAGAGGCACUCAAAUCUGAGAAAGACAAGCUCAGGAUGGAAUUGCGUGAUCAUGAGAGCUCAAAGAUAGAUGGCAGAGAAAAUCUAGAGAAACAAAUGACUGAACAAGAGGAACAAACUAAAAUGAUUCUGUCAGACAUACAGAAAGAGAGAGAGAAACUUGAGCAGAUGAACAUGCACAUCUCAAGCCAAGCCAAAGAUAUUGAAAAUGAAAAGGAACAAGUGAGACUCAGAAAAGAGGAACUGGAAGAGAUACAAGUAGAGAUUUCAAAACAACAAAAACAGAUGGAUGACAUGAAAAACACAAUAAUGGUAGAAAAAGGACAGCUUGAGCAGAAGUGGAAUGACCUGAAUAAAGAAAAGAAAGAAGUUGAUGAUAUCCUAAAGUUUGUUAGUACUGAAAAGAGCAAUAUUGAAAGAGAAAGAUCUGAAAUUGAUGAGGAGAAGCAGCAACACAAGGCCAGACUGACCAGAGAGUCAGAGGACAUGAAGCACAAGAAAGAUACACUUGAGGAGGAGAAGAGCAUGUUAGAGAAGAUGAAAGUGGAACUAGACAGAGAAGCUGAGAACAUAGAGAAAAUGAAGCUUGACUCACUGAACGAGAAAGUGAAGGUAGAAGAAAUAUACGCACAGAUUCAAAGAGAAAGAAACAUUAUCGACAGUCUUGCUGAAGAGAACCAAAAGAAAAAAGAUGAGCUGGAUGGCUUUCAUGCUGAGAUAGAAAAGCAAAGAGAAGCAUUUAAAGUAGAUAAAGAGGUGAUGGACAAAGAAAAAGCAGACCUGGAGAUAAUGAAACAAGAGGUGAGGAAAAGCAGAGAAGUUCUAGAAAAAGAAAUUACAGAAGAAAGAAAAAAGAAUGAGAUGACACAGGCAGAGAUACAGAAGGAGAGAGACACUGUUGAACAUGAAAAGCAAAGACUAAGACUGAGACAAGAUGAUCUAGAACGACUGCAGGCAGAAAUGAUAAAACAACAAAAAGCAAUAGAUGAGUUGAGGAACACGAUCAGUACUGAAAGGAAUCUGCUUGAGAAGAAAAAGGCUGAACUUGAUGAACAGGAACAAGAAAUGAACUACAUCACUGCUCAACUCCAAGAAGAGAAGAACAACCUUGAAAGAGAAAAAACUGAGAGGAGCCAACUCGAAGAAAUAAAGGCUGAGCUGCACAUAGAAGCUGAGAACAUUGAAAAAUUAAAACAAGAGACACAGAAAGAAAGACAGAGAGUAGAAGAAAUGAUUGCACAACUUCAAAAAGAGAGGGAUGAUGCUAAGAAUCUUUCUGAGGAGGCGAAGAGGAAAGUGGAAGACCUAAAUAGGAUGCAUGCUGUUUUUGAAAAAGAACAAGAGGCACUCAAAUCUGAGAAAGACAAACUCAGGAUGGAAAUGCGUGAUCAUGAGAGCUCAAAGAUAGAUGGCAGAGAAAAUCUAGAAAAACAAAUGACUGAACAAGAGGAACAAACUAAAAUGAUUCUGUCUGACAUACAGAAAGAGAAGAAAUUGUUAGAAGAAAUGAGAGUGGAAUUCCAAAGCGAAUCCAACAGAAUUGAGAUUUUAAAGCGAGAGGCACAGAAUGACAAGAAGAAACUGGAAGAACUUUCCAUUCAACUUCAAAACAAGAGGCACAGUAUUGAUCAACUUGCUGCAGACACUGAAAAGAGGAAGGAUAUUCUUGAUGAAAUUCAAGCUGACAUAGAAAAGCAGAGGGACACAAUUGCCUCAGAAAAAUGCUCAGUUGAAAAUGAAAAGAAAGACCUGGAGAAGGCUAAAUUAGAGAUUGCGAAAUCUAAGGAAGACUUAGAGAACCAAAUCUCUGAACAAAGAGAAAACUAUGCUGUUGCACUUGCAGAAAUACAAAAAGAGAGAACGGCUCUUACACAGAUGCAUGAAACAAUCUCAAAGCAGCUUGCUAAUGCUGAAAAUGAAAGCAAGAAUAUAUCACAAAGAGAAAAUGAGCUAGCACAGCAACAGGCUGAGGUUCUCAAACAACAGAAAGAGAUGGAUGAUCUGAAGGAUACUAUCAAGCUGGAGAUGAAUCAGCUUGAGCAGAGACAGGCUGACUUAGACCAGCUUCAGAAAGAGGUGGAUGAUUUUAUGGAAUUCACCAAGAAUGAAAUGAGAAAUGUUGAGAACGAAAGAGCUGAACUGUUAGAAGAGAAACGAAAAAUGGAGAGCAAUUUGAGGUCUACUCUCAGAAUGGAGUUACAAAAUGUGGAUCAUCUAAAGAAAGAACUACUUGCUGAGAAGGCAAUCAUUUUCAAUAGCAAACAGGCACUGCAAAGAGAUAAAGAUGAUAUUGAGUUGAGCAAAGCCAACAUACACAGACAGUUAGACGACAUCAGAAUUCAGAGACAGAUUAUUUCAGAUGAGAACAAAAUGUUGCAGAAGAUGAAGAAUGAUCUGCACAGAGAAGCAUGUGAUGUUGAAAAGCUUAAGCAACACCUAGAGAACGAAAACCAGAGGGCUAAAGAGACAACAGCCCAACUCCAAACAGAAAGAGAUUAUUUGAAGAGCCUGACUGAAGACGUCAAAAGGGAGAAGGAUGUUCUGGAUGGACUGCAAGUUCAAACAAUAGAUGAGAUGACAAAGGCCAAAGAAGAGCUUGAAGAACAAAGACAACUUAGAGAAGAUGACACAGAACAACUUCAAGUCAGAAUUCAGAAACAGCAGAAAGAAAUUGAUGACAUGAAGAAUAUCAUCUUAAUGGAGAAAAGUCUGUUAGAACAGAGGCAGACUGAAUUUAAUCAGCAAUGCAAAGAAAUGAAUGAUAUGAUGGAGUCUAUCAGGAUGGAGAAGAGUGAUCUUGAGACAGAGAAGAACAGUCUUGAGAAGGAAAGGGUUAAAGUGAUGGAGCAGAAGCAGCAAAUGGAGAGUGAUAUGCAAGAUGCAGUAAAGAUGGAAAGAGAAAACAUGGAGCAACUGAAGAAUGAAUUGCUUGAUGAAAAGAGAUUUAUUGAAAACAGUAAGAAAAUGUUGCAGAACAAUAUAGCUGACGUAGAAGAGAAGAAACUAGAACUGGCUAGAGAGGUAGAAAACCUAAAAAUGCAGAAACAAGCUUGUGAGAAAGAGAGGGGUGACAUACAGAAAGAAAAAGCUGGCCUGCAGAGAGAGUUAGAUGACAUUGCAAAGCUAAAGCAAGACACACAGACAGAAAGAGAGAAAGUGUCUGCAGUAGUAGCCCAACUUCAGAAAGAGAGAGACCAAAUUAGUAAUGAUGCUGAAGAGAACAGCAGGAAGAAAGACAUUCUUAUUAGGAUGCAAGAUGACAUAGAAAAACAAAGACAAGCAAUUGAGGCUGAUAAAGAUAUGCUUGAACAGUUAAAACACAAACUGGACAGCGAUAACGAAGAUACAGCUAGAGCAAAAUUGCUUCUUGAAACUCAGUUUGCUGAUGAAAGACAACAUAAUGAGCUGGCUCUGGCAGAAAUACAGAAAGAGAAACACAUUAUUGAAAUGAUGAAUCUAAACAUCUCAAGACAGAUCAAUGAUAUGGAAAAUGAAAAGGAAAAAAUGCACCUAAGACAAAUUGACCUAGAACGACAGGAAGCUGAGAUUCAGAAACGACAAAAGGAAAUGGAAGACUUAAGAAAUACUAAUAUGAAAGAAUUGGAUGAUCUCCAGAAGAUGCACAGUAAAAUAGAUCAACAGCAGAAAGAAGUGGAUGAGGAUAUUGAAUUUAUCAAGAAGGAGAAGCACAAGCUUGAGAAAGACAGAGUUGAAGUAUUUGAACAAAAACAGAAAGUAGACAGACGUCUGAGUGAUGCUCUAAAGAGCGAGAGAGAAAAUGAGCUUCUGAAGAAAGAGCUGUUGGAUGCCAUGAAAUCAAUUGAGAUUGAGAAAGAUGAGAUGCAGAAGAUGAAGGCUGAGCUAGCAAGAGACAUUGAUGUUUUCGAAAAGUUGAAGCAAGAAAUGGCAACAGAGCUCCAGAAAGAAAGGGAUAGACUUGCCAGUCUGGUAGAGCUGAACAGAGAGAAGAAAGAAGAACUGGAUAUGAUGAAUGUUGACAUAGAAAAGCAGAGACAAGCAAUUGAUUCUGAUAAGAAUAUACUUGAAAAUGAAAAAGAAAAACUUGUGCAACAAGCAAAAAGGAAUAUGGCUGCUCAGAGAGACCUGGAGAAGUCAAAAGAUACUCUUGAUAAGAUGAAACUGAGUAUCUCAAGAGAAAGACAGAAUCUCGAGAGAGAAAAGGCAGGUGUGGAAGAAAAGAAGCAGUUUAUAGAAAUCAGCUUCAAGGAUGCGCUGGAGAAGGAUGCAUUGAUGAAGGAUGAAUUGAAGAGGGAGGGAGAAAGAAUGGAACAUCUGAAAGAAGAAUUACUUCGUGAAAAGGAAUCAAUUGAAAGAAGCAAACAAAUACUGCAGAAAGACAUUGAUGGCUUGAAACAACAGAAAGCUAACAUGGAUAAGGAAUUAGAAGCACUAAAUUUUCAGAGGCAAAACAUUGAAAAUGAGAGGGAUGAGCUAGAGCUAAUGAAGACUGAGCUACAAAGCAAGGCAGAGAACACUGAAAAGCUAAUGCGAGAGAGAGAAAGACUUGCACUUCAGAGGGCCCAGGAAGACACCACUUUGGAUACAGACAAACAACAAGAAGAAUUUGAUAACAAGGUGAAAAUGCUUGAAAGCUGGGCAAAGGAAUUGGAAAAAACUAACACUGAGCUUGAAAGAAGAAAAGAGGAUCUUGAAAAACAAUAUGCAAAACAGAUGGUACACGGUGCAAAAAUUCUGAGUGAUGUAGAGAAAGAGAGAGAUACAGCUGAGGAUUUUAAGCUGAGCCUCCUUCUUCAAGUGAAUGAAAUAGAAAAGGAAAAGAAUCUCAUCACAGUUAAAAAUAAUGAGCUACAGCUCUUACAAGGAGAAAUGCAAAAACAAAAAGAAGAGAUGAUUAAAGAGGAGGAAAGAAUAGAAAAAGAAAGAUUGAGAUUACAGAGAGAGAAGGAAGUAUGUGUAAAGAUGAGAAAAGAGUCCAAGAAUGAAAUGGACAAGAUCCACAAACUAAAGCUAGAGGUACAAAACCAGACUGAAGAAAAUGAGGAAAAAAUGAAAGGAAUUAUAAGAGAACUUAACAAACUUGAAGAGGCAAAAGCUCUGCUGCAGAAAGAGACCAGUGAGAUUCAAAGAAAAGAAGCAGAGACAAAAACCGAGAGAGAAGAGCUGGUACAGAUGAAGUCUGACAUUUUGAUACAGAGAGCAGGUCUUGACACCAGAAGACAAGAAAUUACAUUGGAGAUGGAAGAACUUGCUCGUGUCCGAAAUGAAACAGAGAAGCAGAAUAAGGAACUAGAGGACAAGAUGCAAAAAACAAAACAUGAGAUGGGAGAAAUGAUACUUAUGAAGCUUGAAAUUGAUGGAAGCAAGAAAGACCUCGAUCAGAGGAUGAGACAGGCCACAAGAAGACGUGAUGAAGUGGAAAAUAUGAGGGCAGAAAUUGAGAGUGCCAGAGAAGAACUCGGAAAGGAAAGAGACAUGGUCAACAGGGAAAAGCAAGAGGUAGAACAAAUAAAAGCUGAUUUACAAAAGGCAAGAGAGACGUUUCAGCUCAGCACGGUGGAGAGUGACACAGAUUUGGAAGAAAAGGAGCAAAUAGACAGAGAAUUACUGAGGUUAGCUGAAGAAAUUGAAAGAGCUAUGUAUGUAGUGCAAAAAACCAAGCGUGACAUGGAAAUCAAGAUUGAGAGCAUGGAAAUUAAGGCAGAUGAAAUGCAACAAAUGAAUCCUGAGCUGCAGAAGCUGAUUCAAGAAAUCGAACACAUACGAAUGAUUUUGAAGAGAAUAAAUAAUGAGGUCAAAAUAGUGAGAAAGCAAAAGGAAGAACUUGCAAGCCUGAGGCUUGACAUCGAGGUGCAGGCGCAUCAAAUGAAUGAAACCUUUGAGCAGCAGGCAAAUGAGUUACAAAAAGUAAAAGAGCAGAUGGAAAACAAAAUAAGAACAGAGAUGGAGCAAAACAGGGCUGAUCUGGAGAGACAAAGACAAGAUAUAGAACUUGAAAAACAAAAAAUCCAUGAGGAGAAUCAAUUGCUGGAAAAAGACAAGGCUGAUGUACAGAUAAAAUCUGAGGUCCUAGACAGCCUCUUACAGGAGGCAACAUGGGAAAUGGAAAAAGCAAUAAAACUACGAUCAGCAACAGCGAGAGAGAUGGGAAUUGAGAGUGAUGAGAUUAAAAUGUUAGAUUCAGAGAGGAUAAGGACAGGAAUGGAAAGAUUAGACAUAGACGAUUUUAAAGAUAUAACUUUCGUCUCAGAGGCAGAGGACAGUGAGUGUGACAUGGAACAGGCCAAGACAGAAAUGGAAAAACUGGCACAGGUGAAGGCUGAGUUGCAUAGACAGAUGGUGGAACUUGAGGACAUUAAAGAAGACACAAAACUAAGAAGGGAUGAGGAAAAACAAAUUAAGACUGAGACACUGAAGCAAAAGGAAGAUGCUGAAAGGCAACAAGCACCAUUUGUAGAUCAGGAAAUGGAAAUCAUUAAGAGGCAGAAAGAAGAAUUAGAGGACAGGAUUCAAAGGACAACACGUGAGAUGGGGGAGCUGGAACUGACGAGGUCUGAGAUUUCCAUGGAGAAGAAAGAGCUGGACCAGAAAAUGAGACAGGUUAUGAGAAAAAAGGAUGAGAUGGAAAGGAUGAAGACUGAGAUGGAGGAAGCCAGGGAAGGAUUGGAAAGGGAUAAAGAGACGAUUGAACAAAAGAGUUAUGAAUUGGAACAGAUGAGAGAUGAAAUUCAAAGAGCAAGAGAUGAAUUCCAGCUCUUAAUGGAGGAGGACAGAGAUCUAGAAGAUGAGUCAGAAACAAAUGCGCGCAUACAGAGACUGAUCUUAGAGGUUGUGAGGAUCAGAAACAUGGUGCAGAAUUUAAAAGAUUACAUGGAACAGAGGAUGGAGGAGAGCAAAACUGAGACAGAGGAAAGAGAGAAAAUGAAAUCUGAGAUGAAAUGGUUGAUUCAAGAAAUUGGACAAAUAAGAGAGACUCUUAGGAAGAUAAAAGAAGAAAUUGAAACCACUAGGAGAGAGAGGAAUGAGGUGGAGCAACAAAGAGAUGAAAUAACUAAACAAAAGGAGCAUAUGGAAAAGAACAAAGAAUUACUGAAGGUGAAGAUUGCAGAAGAUUCAGCAAAGCAUCUGGAUGAUUCAGACACAAUAGCUGUGCAGUUACAAAAGCAAAAAGAAGAACUUGUCAAAGUCAUUGAAGAACUCCAGAAGUGUAAGAAUGAACUAGCACUGGUGCUGAGAGAUACACACAGCCAGAAGGAAACUGCCAAAGAAUUGAAAGACAAUAUCAAAAAGAAGAAGACAGAGCUUGAUGUGAUAAACUCAGAACUACAGAGGGGAAAACAAAUGCUUAAAGAGCAGAAAUAUAAUACAGAAAAGGGCAGAAGGAUUAUAGAAGAGAUUGAGAAAAGGCAGAAAACCGUUGAAGAAAUGAAUGUCGAGGUAAUAAGAAAGCAGGAAAUGAUGGAAAAAGAGAAAGAAAAGAUUAACAUUGAAAAGCAAGAACUGGACAUUAUGAAAGCUGAAGUACAAAAACAGAAAGGUGAUGUGGAGUUACUAAGAAAUGGUAUAGUUCUGGAGAGGAAUCAACUACAACAGGUCCAAGAUGAAAUUGAUAGACAAAAAAAGGAACUGAAUAAUAAGGCUGAGGCUACUGCAGCAGAGUGGAGAAACCUGGAAAAGAUCAAGUCUGACGUGGACGAUUUGAAAGAUGAACUGGAGAAGACAUUCAAAGAGAGGACACGAUCAGAAUGGGAAAAAUUAGAGGAGUUACGAUGUGAAAUAAUUAGAGAAAAACAGGAAGCUGAAAAGAUGAAGGAACUGGUCAGCAGGGACAGAGAUGAAAUAAAUCAAAAUAAAGUCAGUUUGGAAUUAAAAAUGAAAGAAAUCAACAUAUUGAAAGACAACAUUGAAAGGGAGAAGAUGGAACUGGAAAAGGCCAACAAUGAGCUUCAGAUGAGACGUAAGAACAUUGAAAUUACAAUGCAGAAAGCACAAAAAGAAAGGGAUCAAGCAGAAGGCAUGGCACUAAAACUACAACAGGAAAAAGAACACAUUGAAAAUGUAAUUGUAGAAAUUACAGAUAAGAGAAAAGACUUAGAUUUAAUGAUUAAAGAAGUUCAACAGGAAAGAAAUCUGCUGGACAAUGAUAAGGCUAUGCAUGAAAAGGAGAAGGCUGAGCAUCAACUUAAAAAGGGUGAGUUGGAGAGAGAAAGUGAAGACCUGGAGACCAAGAUCAUAAAGCUUAGAGAGAUAAAUAACAUCAUGAGAAAUGAGAUUCAGGUGGAGAGAGUCAGUCUACAGCAGGUGCAGGCAGACAUUGUAAAUGAAAGAAAUGCACUUGAAAAAGAAAAGGAACAAAUGGACUUCCAAAGGCAGGAACUGAUCGCACUGCAAAUAAAAUUACAAAAGCAAGAGGAAGAGACAGAAAGAAAGUGGAAAACUGAGUCUGAGCUAAAAAAGGAGAAAGAGCAAUAUAAAAUUCUACUUGAAGAAAUUCAGAGAAAGAGAGAUGAACUGGAGAAGACAGCCGUGGAGAUAGCAAAGCAAAAUGAAGACAAUGAGAUGAAGAAAGCCGUUCUUGAGAAGGAGAAAAAGGACACUGAAGGCAAAUGGGUUGAGUUACAGAGGAGAAGUGAGGAGCUAGAGUUGCAUAUAACAAAGCAGAAGGAAAAGGAGGACAUGGACAAGAUGGCAAUGGAAAAGCAGAGAAGAGAACUGGAGAAAGAAAUCACAGAAAUGACCAGACAAAAAGAAACGAUGGAAAAAGAAAAGGAGAACAUGGUGAAGAAGCAGAAUGAACUAGACAUUGUGAAAGAGCAAAUACACAAAGAAAAAGAUGAAAUGGAGCAAGUCCAAAAUAAGAUCAUGACUGCUGAACUUUUACUUGGGCAAAGAGAGACUGAAAUGAAUGAACAAAAGCAGAUUCUGGAAGACAGUUUGAGGAAGAUGAAAGAAGAGAGAAGUGAUCUGGAUAAGAUGCGAAUGGAACUGGAAGCUAAAACUCAACACAUAAAAGACAUCAGUGAGAAAAUGAAACAGGAGAGAGAGGAAGUUGAUCAUUUAACGAAUGAAAUCCAAAUAGAGAAGAAAGACAUGGAAAAUGAAAAGAAUGAGUUACAACAAAUGAAAGACAGGUUAGAUGCAACAUAUGAUGAGAUUGCUCUGGAAAAACAAAAGAUAGAAAAUGAGAGAAAAGCUCUUGAAGAAUCAAAGGCAGCUAUGCAGAGAGAAGCUGAGGACAUAAAGAAUGAAGUGGAGAAGGUCAGCAUGGACAGGCAGAAACUGAAUGAGAUGGAGACUGAACUACAAACAGAGAAAGAUCAAUAUGAAGUUCUUCUUGAAGAAACUCAGAGAAAGAGAGAUGAACUGGAGAAGACAGCUAUGGAGAUAGCAAAGCAAAAUGAAGAGACUGAGAUGAAGAAAGCCGUUCUUGAGAAGGAGAAAAAGGACACUGAAGGCAAAUGGUUGGAGUUACAGAGGAGAAGUGAGGAGCUAGAGUUGCAUAUAACAAAGCAGAAGGAAAAGGAGGACAUGGACAAGAUGGCAAUGGAAAAGCAGAGAAUAGAACUGGAGAAAGAAAUCACAGAAAUGACCAGACAAAAAGAAACGAUGGAAAACGAAAAGGAGAACAUGGUGAAGAAGCAGAAUGAACUAGACAUUGUGAAAGAGCAAAUACACAAAGAAAAAGAUGAAAUGGAGCAAGUCCAAAAUAAGAUCAUGACUGCUGAACUUUUACUUGGGCAAAGAGAGACUGAAAUGAAUGAACAAAAGCAGAUUCUGGAAGACAGUUUGAGGAAGAUGAAAGAAGAGAGAAGUGAUCUGGAUAAGAUGCGAAUGGAACUGGAAGCUAAAACUCAACACAUAAAAGACAUCAGUGAGAAAAUGAAACAGGAGAGAGAGGAAGUUGAUCAUUUAACGAAUGAAAUGCAAAUAGAGAAGAAAGACAUGGAAAAUGAAAAGAAUGAGUUACAACAAAUGAAAGACAAGUUAGAUGCAACAUAUGAUGAGAUUGCUCUGGAAAAACAAAAGAUAGAAAAUGAGAGAAAAGCUCUUGAAGAAUCAAAGGCAGCUAUGCAGAGAGAAGCUGAGGACAUGAAGAAUGAAGUGGAGAAGGUCAGCAUGGACAGGCAGAAACUGAAUGAGAUGGAGACUGAACUACAAACAGAGAAAGAUCAAUAUGAAGUUCUUCUUGAAGAAACUCAGAGAAAGAGAGAUGAACUGGAGAAGACAGCUAUGGAGAUAGCAAAGCAAAAUGAAGAGACUGAGAUGAAGAAAGCCGUUCUUGAGAAGGAGAAAAAGGACACUGAAGGCAAAUGGUUGGAGUUACAGAGGAGAAGUGAGGAGCUAGAGUUGCAUAUAACAAAGCAGAAGGAAAAGGAGGACAUGGACAAGAUGGCAAUGGAAAAGCAGAGAAUAGAACUGGAGAAAGAAAUCACAGAAAUGACCAGACAAAAAGAAACGAUGGAAAAAGAAAAGGAGAACAUGGUGAAGAAGCAGAAUGAACUAGACAUUGUGAAAGAGCAAAUACACAAAGAAAAAGAUGAAAUGGAGCAAGUCCAAAAUAAGAUCAUGACUGCUGAACUUUUACUUGGGCAAAGAGAGACUGAAAUGAAUGAACAAAAGCAGAUUCUGGAAGACAGUUUGAGGAAGAUGAAAGAAGAGAGAAGUGAUCUGGAUAAGAUGAGAAUGGAACUGGAAGCUAAAACUCAACACAUAAAAGACAUCAGUGAGAAAAUGAAACAGGAGAGAGAGGAAGUUGAUCAUUUAACGAAUGAAAUCCAAAUAGAGAAGAAAGACAUGGAAAAUGAAAAGAAUGAGUUACAACAAAUGAAAGACAGGUUAGAUGCAACAUAUGAUGAGAUUGCUCUGGAAAAACAAAUGAUAGAAAAUGAGAGAAAAGCUCUUGAAGAGUCAAAGGCAGCUAUGCAGAGAGAAGCUGAGGACAUGAAGAAUGAAGUGGAGAAGGUCAGCAUGGACAGGCAGAAACUGAAUGAGAUGGAGAUUGAACUACAAACAGAGAAAGAUCAAUAUGAAGUUCUUCUUGAAGAAACUCAGAGAAAGAGAGAUGAACUGGAGAAGACAGCUAUGGAGAUAGCAAAGCAAAAUGAAGAGACUGAGAUGAAGAAAGCCGUUCUUGAGAAGGAGAAAAAGGACACUGAAGGCAAAUGGGUUGAGUUACAGAGGAGAAGUGAGGAGCUGGAGUUGCAUAUAACAAAGCAGAAGGAAAAGGAGGACAUGGACAAGAUGGCAAUGCAAAAGCAGAGAAUAGAACUGGAGAAAGAAUUCACAGAAAUGACCAGACAAAAAGAAACGAUGGAAAAAGAAAAGGAGAACAUGGUGAAGAAGCAGAAUGAACUAGACAUUGUGAAAGAGCAAAUACACAAAGAAAAAGAUGAAAUGGAGCAAGUCCAAAAUAAGAUCAUGACUGCUGAACUUUUACUUGGGCAAAGAGAGACUGAAAUGAAUGAACAAAAGCAGAUUCUGGAAGACAGUUUGAGGAAGAUGAAAGAAGAGAGAAGUGAUCUGGAUAAGAUGCGAAUGGAACUGGAAGCUAAAACUCAACACAUAAAAGACAUCAGUGAGAAAAUGAAACAGGAGAGAGAGGAAGUUGAUCAUUUAACGAAUGAAAUCCAAAUAGAGAAGAAAGACAUGGAAAAUGAAAAGAAUGAGUUACAACAAAUGAAAGACAGGUUAGAUGCAACAUAUGAUGAGAUUGCUCUGGAAAAACAAAUGAUAGAAAAUGAGAGAAAAGCUCUUGAAGAGUCAAAGGCAGCUAUGCAGAGAGAAGCUGAGGACAUGAAGAAUGAAGUGGAGAAGGUCAGCAUGGACAGGCAGAAACUGAAUGAGAUGGAGAUUGAACUACAAACAGAGAAAGAUCAAUAUGAAGUUCUUCUUGAAGAAACUCAGAGAAAGAGAGAUGAACUGGAGAAGACAGCUAUGGAGAUAGCAAAGCAAAAUGAAGAGACUGAGAUGAAGAAAGCCGUUCUUGAGAAGGAGAAAAAGGACACUGAAGGCAAAUGGUUGGAGUUACAGAGGAGAAGUGAGGAGCUAGAGUUGCAUAUAACAAAGCAGAAGGAAAAGGAGGACAUGGACAAGAUGGCAAUGGAAAAGCAGAGAAUAGAACUGGAGAAAGAAAUCACAGAAAUGACCAGACAAAAAGAAACGAUGGAAAAAGAAAAGGAGAACAUGGUGAAGAAGCAGAAUGAACUAGACAUUGUGAAAGAGCAAAUACACAAAGAAAAAGAUGAAAUGGAGCAAGUCCAAAAUAAGAUCAUGACUGCUGAACUUUUACUUGGGCAAAGAGAGACUGAAAUGAAUGAACAAAAGCAGAUUCUGGAAGACAGUUUGAGGAAGAUGAAAGAAGAGAGAAGUGAUCUGGAUAAGAUGCGAAUGGAACUGGAAGCUAAAACUCAACACAUAAAAGACAUCAGUGAGAAAAUGAAACAGGAGAGAGAGGAAGUUGAUCAUUUAACGAAUGAAAUCCAAAUAGAGAAGAAAGACAUGGAAAAUGAAAAGAAUGAGUUACAACAAAUGAAAGACAGGUUAGAUGCAACAUAUGAUGAGAUUGCUCUGGAAAAACAAAUGAUAGAAAAUGAGAGAAAAGCUCUUGAAGAGUCAAAGGCAGCUAUGCAGAGAGAAGCUGAGGACAUGAAGAAUGAAGUGGAGAAGGUCAGCAUGGACAGGCAGAAACUGAAUGAGAUGGAGAUUGAACUACAAACAGAGAAAGAUCAAUAUGAAGUUCUUCUUGAAGAAACUCAGAGAAAGAGAGAUGAACUGGAGAAGACAGCUAUGGAGAUAGCAAAGCAAAAUGAAGAGACUGAGAUGAAGAAAGCCGUUCUUGAGAAGGAGAAAAAGGACACUGAAGGCAAAUGGUUGGAGUUACAGAGGAGAAGUGAGGAGCUAGAGUUGCAUAUAACAAAGCAGAAGGAAAAGGAGGACAUGGACAAGAUGGCAAUGGAAAAACAGAGAAUAGAACUGGAGAAAGAAAUCACAGAAAUGACCAGACAAAAAGAAAUGAUGGAAAAAGAAAAGGAGAACAUGGUGAAGAAGCAGAAUGAACUAGACAUUGUGAAAGAGCAAAUACACAAAGAAAAAGAUGAAAUGGAGCAAGUCCAAAAUAAGAUCAUGACUGCUGAACUUUUACUUGGGCAAAGAGAGACUGAAAUGAAUGAACAAAAGCAGAUUCUGGAAGACAGUUUGAGGAAGAUGAAAGAAGAGAGAAGUGAUCUGGAUAAGAUGCGAAUGGAACUGGAAGCUAAAACUCAACACAUAAAAGACAUCAGUGAGAAAAUGAAACAGGAGAGAGAGGAAGUUGAUCAUUUAACGAAUGAAAUCCAAAUAGAGAAGAAAGACAUGGAAAAUGAAAAGAAUGAGUUACAACAAAUGAAAGACAGGUUAGAUGCAACAUAUGAUGAGAUUGCUCUGGAAAAACAAAUGAUAGAAAAUGAGAGAAAAGCUCUUGAAGAGUCAAAGGCAGCUAUGCAGAGAGAAGCUGAGGACAUGAAGAAUGAAGUGGAGAAGGUCAGCAUGGACAGGCAGAAACUGAAUGAGAUGGAGAUUGAACUACAAACAGAGAAAGAUCAAUAUGAAGUUCUUCUUGAAGAAACUCAGAGAAAGAGAGAUGAACUGGAGAAGACAGCUAUGGAGAUAGCAAAGCAAAAUGAAGAGACUGAGAUGAAGAAAGCCGUUCUUGAGAAGGAGAAAAAGGACACUGAAGGCAAAUGGUUGGAGUUACAGAGGAGAAGUGAGGAGCUAGAGUUGCAUAUAACAAAGCAGAAGGAAAAGGAGGACAUGGACAAGAUGGCAAUGGAAAAACAGAGAAUAGAACUGGAGAAAGAAAUCACAGAAAUGACCAGACAAAAAGAAACGAUGGAAAAAGAAAAGGAGAACAUGGUGAAGAAGCAGAAUGAACUAGACAUUGUGAAAGAGCAAAUACACAAAGAAAAAGAUGAAAUGGAGCAAGUCCAAAAUAAGAUCAUGACUGCUGAACUUUUACUUGGGCAAAGAGAGACUGAAAUGAAUGAACAAAAGCAGAUUCUGGAAGACAGUUUGAGGAAGAUGAAAGAAGAGAGAAGUGAUCUGGAUAAGAUGAGAAUGGAACUGGAAGCUAAAACUCAACACAUAAAAGACAUCAGUGAGAAAAUGAAACAGGAGAGAGAGGAAGUUGAUCAUUUAACGAAUGAAAUCCAAAUAGAGAAGAAAGACAUGGAAAAUGAAAAGAAUGAGUUACAACAAAUGAAAGACAGGUUAGAUGCAACAUAUGAUGAGAUUGCUCUGGAAAAACAAAUGAUAGAAAAUGAGAGAAAAGCUCUUGAAGAGUCAAAGGCAGCUAUGCAGAGAGAAGCUGAGGACAUGAAGAAUGAAGUGGAGAAGGUCAGCAUGGACAGGCAGAAACUGAAUGAGAUGGAGAUUGAACUACAAACAGAGAAAGAUCAAUAUGAAGUUCUUCUUGAAGAAACUCAGAGAAAGAGAGAUGAACUGGAGAAGACAGCUAUGGAGAUAGCAAAGCAAAAUGAAGAGACUGAGAUGAAGAAAGCCGUUCUUGAGAAGGAGAAAAAGGACACUGAAGGCAAAUGGGUUGAGUUACAGAGGAGAAGUGAGGAGCUAGAGUUGCAUAUAACAAAGCAGAAGGAAAAGGAGGACAUGGACAAGAUGGCAAUGGAAAAGCAGAGAAGAGAACUGGAGAAAGAAAUCACAGAAAUGACCAGACAAAAAGAAACGAUGGAAAAAGAAAAGGAGAACAUGGUGAAGAAGCAGAAUGAACUAGACAUUGUGAAAGAGCAAAUACACAAAGAAAAAGAUGAAAUGGAGCAAGUCCAAAAUAAGAUCAUGACUGCUGAACUUUUACUUGGGCAAAGAGAGACUGAAAUGAAUGAACAAAAGCAGAUUCUGGAAGACAGUUUGAGGAAGAUGAAAGAAGAGAGAAGUGAUCUGGAUAAGAUGCGAAUGGAACUGGAAGCUAAAACUCAACACAUAAAAGACAUCAGUGAGAAAAUGAAACAGGAGAGAGAGGAAGUUGAUCAUUUAACGAAUGAAAUCCAAAUAGAGAAGAAAGACAUGGAAAAUGAAAAGAAUGAGUUACAACAAAUGAAAGACAAGUUAGAUGCAACAUAUGAUGAGAUUGCUCUGGAAAAACAAAUGAUAGAAAAUGAGAGAAAAGCUCUUGAAGAGUCAAAGGCAGCUAUGCAGAGAGAAGCUGAGGACAUGAAGAAUGAAGUGGAGAAGGUCAGCAUGGACAGGCAGAAACUGAAUGAGAUGGAGAUUGAACUACAAACAGAGAAAGAUCAAUAUGAAGUUCUUCUUGAAGAAACUCAGAGAAAGAGAGAUGAACUGGAGAAGACAGCUAUGGAGAUAGCAAAGCAAAAUGAAGAGACUGAGAUGAAGAAAGCCGUUCUUGAGAAGGAGAAAAAGGACACUGAAGGCAAAUGGGUUGAGUUACAGAGGAGAAGUGAGGAGCUGGAGUUGCAUAUAACAAAGCAGAAGGAAAAGGAGGACAUGGACAAGAUGGCAAUGCAAAAGCAGAGAAUAGAACUGGAGAAAGAAUUCACAGAAAUGACCAGACAAAAAGAAACGAUGGAAAAAGAAAAGGAGAACAUGGUGAAGAAGCAGAAUGAACUAGACAUUGUGAAAGAGCAAAUACACAAAGAAAAAGAUGAAAUGGAGCAAGUCCAAAAUAAGAUCAUGACUGCUGAACUUUUACUUGGGCAAAGAGAGACUGAAAUGAAUGAACAAAAGCAGAUUCUGGAAGACAGUUUGAGGAAGAUGAAAGAAGAGAGAAGUGAUCUGGAUAAGAUGCGAAUGGAACUGGAAGCUAAAACUCAACACAUAAAAGACAUCAGUGAGAAAAUGAAACAGGAGAGAGAGGAAGUUGAUCAUUUAACGAAUGAAAUCCAAAUAGAGAAGAAAGACAUGGAAAAUGAAAAGAAUGAGUUACAACAAAUGAAAGACAGGUUAGAUGCAACAUAUGAUGAGAUUGCUCUGGAAAAACAAAUGAUAGAAAAUGAGAGAAAAGCUCUUGAAGAGUCAAAGGCAGCUAUGCAGAGAGAAGCUGAGGACAUGAAGAAUGAAGUGGAGAAGGUCAGCAUGGACAGGCAGAAACUGAAUGAGAUGGAGAUUGAACUACAAACAGAGAAAGAUCAAUAUGAAGUUCUUCUUGAAGAAACUCAGAGAAAGAGAGAUGAACUGGAGAAGACAGCUAUGGAGAUAGCAAAGCAAAAUGAAGAGACUGAGAUGAAGAAAGCCGUUCUUGAGAAGGAGAAAAAGGACACUGAAGGCAAAUGGUUGGAGUUACAGAGGAGAAGUGAGGAGCUAGAGUUGCAUAUAACAAAGCAGAAGGAAAAGGAGGACAUGGACAAGAUGGCAAUGGAAAAGCAGAGAAUAGAACUGGAGAAAGAAAUCACAGAAAUGACCAGACAAAAAGAAACGAUGGAAAAAGAAAAGGAGAACAUGGUGAAGAAGCAGAAUGAACUAGACAUUGUGAAAGAGCAAAUACACAAAGAAAAAGAUGAAAUGGAGCAAGUCCAAAAUAAGAUCAUGACUGCUGAACUUUUACUUGGGCAAAGAGAGACUGAAAUGAAUGAACAAAAGCAGAUUCUGGAAGACAGUUUGAGGAAGAUGAAAGAAGAGAGAAGUGAUCUGGAUAAGAUGAGAAUGGAACUGGAAGCUAAAACUCAACACAUAAAAGACAUCAGUGAGAAAAUGAAACAGGAGAGAGAGGAAGUUGAUCAUUUAACGAAUGAAAUCCAAAUAGAGAAGAAAGACAUGGAAAAUGAAAAGAAUGAGUUACAACAAAUGAAAGACAAGUUAGAUGCAACAUAUGAUGAGAUUGCUCUGGAAAAACAAAAGAUAGAAAAUGAGAGAAAAGCUCUUGAAGAGUCAAAGGCAGCUAUGCAGAGAGAAGCUGAGGACAUGAAGAAUGAAGUGGAGAAGGUCAGCAUGGACAGGCAGAAACUGAAUGAGAUGGAGAUUGAACUACAAACAGAGAAAGAUCAAUAUGAAGUUCUUCUUGAAGAAACUCAGAGAAAGAGAGAUGAACUGGAGAAGACAGCUAUGGAGAUAGCAAAGCAAAAUGAAGAGACUGAGAUGAAGAAAGCCGUUCUUGAGAAGGAGAAAAAGGACACUGAAGGCAAAUGGUUGGAGUUACAGAGGAGAAGUGAGGAGCUAGAGUUGCAUAUAACAAAGCAGAAGGAAAAGGAGGACAUGGACAAGAUGGCAAUGGAAAAGCAGAGAAUAGAACUGGAGAAAGAAAUCACAGAAAUGACCAGACAAAAAGAAACGAUGGAAAAAGAAAAGGAGAACAUGGUGAAGAAGCAGAAUGAACUAGACAUUGUGAAAGAGCAAAUACACAAAGAAAAAGAUGAAAUGGAGCAAGUCCAAAAUAAGAUCAUGACUGCUGAACUUUUACUUGGGCAAAGAGAGACUGAAAUGAAUGAACAAAAGCAGAUUCUGGAAGACAGUUUGAGGAAGAUGAAAGAAGAGAGAAGUGAUCUGGAUAAGAUGAGAAUGGAACUGGAAGCUCAAAGUCAGCAAAUGGAAGACAACAUCAGAGAGAAAAUGAAACAGGAGAGAGAUGAAAUUGAUCAACUGAUGAAUAAAAUAGAAAUGCAAAAGAAAGACAUGGAAAAUGAAAAAUAUGUUAAAAAUAAUUUGAACAAUGAGUUGGAACAAAUGAAAGUCAACUUAGAGGUACAAUGUGCUGAGAUUGAGCAUGAAAAACAAAAGAUAGAAAAUGAGAGAAAAGUGUUUGAGCAGUUAAAAGCAGCUAUGCAGAGAGAAGCUGAGGACCUGAAGAAUGAACUGGAGAAGGUCAGCAUGGACAGGCAGCAACUGAAUGAGAUGGAGACUGAACUACAAAUAGAGAAAGAUCAAUAUGAAGUUCUUCUUGAAGAAACUCAGAGAAAGAGAGAUGAACUGGAGAAGACAGCUAUGGAGAUAGCAAAGCAAAAUGAAGACACUGAGAUGAAGAAAGCCGUUCUUGAGAAGGAGAAAAAGGACACUGAAGACAAAUGGUUGGAGUUACAGAGGAGAAGUGAGGAGCUGGAACUGCAGAAGACAAAACAGAAGGAAAAGCAGACGAUGGUCAAUGCAGCAUUGGAAAAAGAGAGGAAAGCACUAGAAAAAGAAAUGAAUGAAAUAAGAAGGCAGAAGGAAGAGGCUGAAAAAGAAAAGAGUGAUGCUAUGAAGAAGGUGAAUGAACUAGACAUACUUAAAGAACAAAUGCAUCGAGAAAAGAAUGAAAUGGAAGAAGUCAAAACCAAGAUGAUGACUGCAGAAGCUCUACUUGGCCAAAAAGAAGCUGAAAUAUACAAACAAAAGCAGAUUCUGGAAGACAGUCUGAGGAAGGUGAUGGAAGAGAGAAGUGACCUGGAUAAUAUGAGAAUGGAAUUAGAAGCUCAAAGUCAACAAAUAGACGAAAACGUCAGAGCGAAAAUGAAGCAGGAACGAGAAGAACUUGAUCAAUUGAUGAAUGAAAUACAAAUGGAGAAGAAAAAUAUGGAAAAUGAAAAAUACAAUACAGAAGAAUUGAAGAAUGAGUUAGCACAAUUUAAAAGCAACUUAGAGGUAAAAUAUGGCGAGAUAGAGCUUGAACAACAAAAGAUAGAAAAUGAGAAAAAAGCACUGGAACAAUCAAAGGUGUCAAUACAGAGAAAAUCUGAGGUCAUGAUGGAUGUAGUGGAGAAAGCCAGCAUGGACAGACAAAAACUGAAUGAAGCUAUGAAGGAACUAGAAAAAGAAAAGGAUCAAUACAAGAUAAUUGUGGAAGAAAUUCAGAGAAAGAGAGAAGAAGUGGAAAAGGUGUCUGCUGAGAUGGCAAAGCAAAAUGAAGAUUUUGAGGCAAAGAAAGCCCUUCUUGAGAAAGAGAAGAAUGACCUUGAAAGCAAAUGGUUGGAGUUACAGAGGAGAGGUGAGGAACUGGAACUGCAGAUGACAAAACAUGAAAAGGAGGACAUGGAUAAGAUGGCUGUAGAAGAAGAAAGAGCGCUGCAAGAAGCUAUAGAAAUAACAACACAGAAAAAAGAGGUGGAAAAUGAAAUGCUAGAUAUGAUGAAGAAGGAGAAAGAGCAAAUACAAAAAGAGAAAGAUGAAAUAGAGAAAACCAAAAGCAAGAUGAUGACUGACAAACUUUUACUUGAUCAAAGAGAGACUGAAAUAAAUGAACAGAACCAAAUUCUAGAGGACAGUUUGAGGAAGAUGAUGGAGGAGAGAAGUGAUCUGGAUAAGAAGAGAAUGGAACUGGAAUCUCAAACUCAACAAUGGGAAGACAUUAGAGAGAAAGUGAAGCAGGAAAGAGAGCAACUUGAUCAAUUAAUGCAUGAAAUACAAAAGGAGAAGAAAGACAUGGAAAAUGAGAAGUAUGUUGCAAAUAAUUUGAAGAGUGAGUUGGAACAAAUGAAAGCUGACUUCAAGAUAAAAUAUGAGGAGAUUGAGCUUGACAAACAAAAGACCGAGAGCGAGAGGAAAACCUUUGAGCAACUAAAGUCUGCUAUGCAGAGGGAUAUUGAGGAUAUGAAGAGUGCUUUAGUGAAAGCACAAAUGGACAGACAAAAAUUAGGUGACAUUGAAACUGAACUAGGAAAAGAGAAAGAGCAUUACAAGUUCCUUGUUGACGAAACACAGAGAAAGAGAGAUGAACUGGAGAAGAUGACUGCAGAGAUAGCAAAGCAAAAUGAAGACAUUGAAACAAAGAAAGCCCUUCUUGAGAAAGAGAAAAAUGAAAUUAAAAGCAAAUGGCUGAGAGGUGAGGUGAGAGGUGGGCAGUUGGAAUUGCAGAUUACAAAACACGAAGAAAUGCAGGACUGGGGCACAAUGGCCGUGGAAGAAGAGCAAAAAGAGCUAGACAAAGAAACUCAAAAAGAAGAGGGAGUAAAAGAAAAAGAUGACAUGGAGAAGUGGAAUGACUUAAACAUUCUAAAAGAACAAAUACAAAGAGAAAGGAAUGAAAUGGAGGAAGUAAAAACCAAAAUGAUGACUGCUGAACUUUUACUUGAGCAAAGAGAGGCUAAAAUGAAUGAACAAAAGCAAAUUCUGGAGGACAGUCUGCAGAAGCUGAUGGAGGAGAAAAGUGAUCUGGAUAAGAUGAGAAUGGAACUGGAAACUCAAAAACAACAAAUGGAAGACAUCAUCAGAGAGAAAAUGCAACAGGAGAGAGAGGAACUUGAUCAAUUAAUGCAUAAAAUACAAAUGGAGAAGAAAGACAUGGAAAAUGCUACAAGUAACUUGAAGAGUGAGUUAGAACAGAUGAAAACUGACUUUGAGGUAAAAUAUGGUGAGAUUCAGCUUGAAAAACAAAAGAUAGAGAGUGACAGAAGAACUUUUGAACAGUCAAAGGCAGCUAUGCAGAGAGAAGUUGAGGACAUGAAGAAUGCUUUGGAGAAGGCCAGCGUGGACAGACAAAAAUUUGACAAAACUGACACUGAAGUGAAAACAGAGAAAGAUCAUUAUAACCUGCUUCUUGAAGAAAUACAGAGGAAGAGAGAUGAACUGGAGAAGAUGACUGCAGAGAUAUUGGAGCAAAAGGAAGACAGUGAGACAAAGAAAGCACUGCUUGAGAAAGAGAAAAGUGACUUUGAAAGCAAAAAGAUGAGAAUUGAGGAGCUGGAACUGCAGAUUAAAAACCAGAAAGAAAAGGAGGACAUGAACAAGAUGGCGAUGGAAGAUGAGAGGAAAGCUUUAGAAAAAGAAAUGACAGAAAUAACAAGACAGAAAAAAGAAGCAGAAAAAGAAAAAGAAGACAUGGUGAAAAGGCAGGAAGAACUAGGCUUUCUAAAAGAGCAAAUACAAAAAGAGAAAGAUGAAAUAGAGAAAGUCAAAAACAACUUGAUGACUGACAAACUUUUACUUGAUGAAAGAGAGGCUGAAAUAAACCAACAAAAGCAGAUUCUGGAGGACAGUUUGAUUAAGAUGAUGGUGGAAAGAAGUGAUCUGGAUAAGAUGAGAGUGGAACUGGAAGCUCAAACUCAACAAAUGGAAGAAAUCAGAGAGAAAAUGAAACAGGAGAGAGAAGUUGUUGAUCAACUGAUGAAUGAAACACAGAUGGAGAAGAAAGACAUGGAAAAUGAAAGGCACAACACAAAUAAUUUGAAGAAUGAGUUAGAACAAAUGAAAGACAACUUAGAGAUAAAACAUGGUGAGAUUGAGCUUGAAAAACAAAAGAUAGAGAAUGAGAAAAGUGUUUUUGAACAGUCCAACGCAGCUCUGCAGAGGGAAGUUAAUGACCUAAAGAAACGUCUAGAGAAGGUCAGCCUGGACAGGCAAAAACUGAAUGAGACUAUGAUGGAAGUAGAAAUAGAAAAAGAGCAAUGUAAGGUUCUUGUUGAAGACACUCUGAGCAAGAGAGAUGAAAUUGAGAAGAUGGCUGCAGAACUAGCAAAGCAGAAUGAAGAUACUGAGGCAAAGAAAAGCCUUCUUGAGAAAGAGAGGAAUGACAUUGACAGCAAAUGGUUGGAGUUUCAACAGAGAAGUAAGGAGCUGGAAUUGCAGAUUAAAAACCAGAAGGAAAAGGAGGACAUGGACAAGAUGAAACUGGAAAAUGAGAGGAAAGCUAUAGAAAAAGAAAUGAGAGAAAUAACAAGACAGAAUAAAGAAGCAGAAAAAGAAAAAGAAGACAUGGUGAAGAGGCAGAAAGAACUAGAUAUUCUAGAAGAGCAAAUGCACAAGGAGAAAGAAAAACUAGAAGAAGUCAAAAAUGAGAUGAUGAUUGACAGAAUUUUACUUGAUCAAAGAGAGACUGAGUUAAACCAACAAAAGCAAAUUGUGCAGGACGUUUUGAGGAUGAAGGAGGAGAAAAGUGAUUUGGAUAAGAUGAGAAUGGAGCUUGAGGCUCAAACUCAACAAAUGGAGCAUAACAUCAGAGAGAAGAACAAGGAAAUAAUGGAUCACCUAACAUCAGAGCUCAAGGAAAGGAGAGCUAAACUGGAUUUAGAACAAGAGGAAUUUGAAGCUGAAAAACAAAAAGUACACAAUGAGUGGAGAGAUCUUGAGCAGUCAAAGGCAGAGACUCAGAGAAUGGCUGAUGAGCUCAAGAAUGUUCUAGAGGAGACCAAGAGGGAGAAGGAAAAGGUGGAGGAGAUGAAGGCUCAACUUCAAAGAGCAAAAGAGGACAAAGAAGGUGGUUUGGAUGAGAUAAGAAAGAAAGAACUUGAACUGGAAGGAAUAAUUCUUGAGAUAGAGAACAAAAAUGCCCUUCUUGAGAAAGAGAAAAAUGACAUAGAAAGCAAAUUGUCUGACUUUAAGAGCAAAUAUGAAGAGUUGGAAUUGCAGCUUAAAAAUUACAGGGAAAUGCAGCACAUAGACUGGGUGGCAAUCGAUAAAGAGAGAAAAACAUUGAAACAGGAAAUGAUUGCGAUAAUGAGACAGAAAGAUGAUAUGAACAAGGAAAAAGAAUGUAUAGAGACAAGGGUGUAUGAGUUGAAGUCUCUGCAAGAAGAAAUAGAAAAACAGAGGACUGAAACUGAAAAAAAUAAAAAUGAGCUGAUGGACAUGAAAUCGCAACUUGACUCAAGAGAGACUGAAAUAAAUUACCAGGAGCAAAGACUGAAUGACAGUUUGAAAAGGCUGAUGGAGGAGAGGAACGAACUGGAUAAGAUGAGGACUGCACUUGAAGCUGAACAGCAACAGGAGCAAAUCGUCAGUGAGAAAGUGAAAAGGGAAAGUGAGAAACUUAAUCAGUUGAUGAAUGAAAUACAAACAGAAAAGCAAGACAUAGAAAACAAUAGGGAGAUGAUGAAAAAUGUAAAGAAAGAACUGGACAAACAACAAGAGGAGAUCAAGCUCCUUAAAGAGGAAACAAACAAGAAAAUACAGAAGCUUGAACAGCUUGAACUUGAUAUUCAACAAAAGCAAAGUGAGAUGGUCUUUAAACAGACGCAGCUGCAAAGAGAAAGAGAAGAACUUAAUAAAAUAUUGCUUGGCAUGCAAAUGGAAAGUGACAAAAUUGAGAGACAGAAAAGGUCUUUAGAAAUCCAGAGAGAAGAAUUCAAACAGGUACAGACUGAAAAGGAAUUAACUCAGAUUCUUGAUAUAGACUUAGCUGCUUCAGCUGUGCAGAUACCUGCAAUGGUGCAAAGUGACACAAAAGACAUUCAAGACCAACAGACACAAAUUACAGACAUAAAGAAGGAGCAAGACAAGCUGGAGGAACAAGAUCAAGGUGUGGAGAUCAUAACACAGCUAACCAAGCUGAAACAAAGAGAAAGUGAGCUAACCCAAAUCAAGGAUGAACUUGAAAAAAGAAUACGUAAUUUGAGGGAAGAGGAGAGAACUAUGGCUUUGGAGAUACUGAAGCAGAGAGAGAACUUGGUCCAGAUAGAAGCAGAGACGUACAGAGUGAAAGAAGAACUAAACACACAAAAGGAAUUGCUACAUGACACACAAGCUGAACUGGACCAAAUUAAAGCAGAAAUCCAAAGACAAAAAGAUCUAAUGGGAAGCGUUGAUGUUGGAAAAGACAUAACACCUAUUGAAAUGCAGCAGAAGAGGAUUAAAGUAGAUAUUCAGACACAGACAAGUGAAGACAUCAAGCUAACACCAAGAGUACCAUCUCCUGUGGCGAUAAGGGAAAAAGAUCCAAUAAUGUUUGCAGAGCAACUUGCAAAGGACGAGACUGAUAACCUUUUACAGUCCUUCAAGAUGGAGAAGGAAGAUAUGAAACAAAUCAUCGAGCGAGAGAGGACUGAACUAAGGCAGUAUAAAGCAGAACUGGAGAGACAACAAGAAGAGAUAUAUGCCUGCAAACAAAAUAUAGAGAACGAGAAGAUAGAAUUAGAAAUGACAAAGGAGAAAAUGACAAAAGUCAUGGAAAGCAUGGCAGAGGAGAUGGAGAGGACAAAGGAGAAGCAAAUCCAGUUUCAGAGACAGAGCAUGGACUUGGAAAUGAUCAUAGAAGAGAUUAGGAAGAAAAGAGAAGAACUGGAUUUGAUCAAUAUGGAGAUACAGAGAGUGAGACAACAGAUGGACAUGGAAUCCAGCAAAGAAAUAAGUACUGAGCAAAUCAAGAUAAGUCUAUAUAAAGACACAGAAAUGGCAAAAGACAGACUGGAAGAGACUGAAGCUGAGAUACAGAAAGAGCAGGAAGAACUGAAGAUCAAGGAGGAGACUGUGCAUCCUACUGAAAAAGAUGCCACAGAAGAGGAUAAAGAAGAACUCACAUCCACACUAGAGCAUCUGAGGAUGAAGUCUGAUACAGUUAAGGAAGUGGCAUUAGGUGAUGGUUACAGAAAGAGUGAUGAGACACAGCUUCAGAUAGAAGAACUGAAUAAUCUAAUGGAAGCACUGAAGACUAAAGAAGACCAUCUACAAAACAUAAAGUCUGACCUUCACAGAGAACGAGUGGAAAUCAACAGUAUCAGAGAAGCACUGCAUAUAGAGAGAGAUGAAUUGAAGCAAAUGAAACUUGAUAUGGAUAGACAAAAGGAAGAGUUACAGCAUGUCCAACAAAACAUACAAAACGAGAGAGAUGAAUUAGAAUCCAGGGUCAAAAGCACUGAGGACAUGGAAAACAUCAUAAUGGAGCUCAUGAGAGAGAAAGAGAGAACUGAAGAAAUGGUAGCUCAACUUACCAAAGAGCAGGAAAUGCAUGAAAUUAGAAAUAUAACCGAAAACCAACAACUGCAGAGCAAAACAGCAGAGCUUGAACAUAUGAAAACUAUGCUGUUAAAUGAAAAAGAAGAAAUUGAAAAUGUGAAGGCACUGUUAGAGAAAGAGAGACGCCACUUGAAAGAAAUGAAGGAGGAAAUAGAGACACAAAGACAAGACAUAAAAGUUAUGACCAUUAGUGAGCAAAGAGAUGAUCAAACCAGGACUGCACAAGAGAAAGAUGGAACUGUACAGAUAGCUGUGGUUGAAGAGAAAGAGCAAUCUACGGAAGAAAAGGACACGGCUGAACUGAGAAAGGGCGAGGCAGUGCACUUAAUGGAGUUGUUGAUAAAUGAGAAAGAGCAAAUACACAAGAUCAAGGCUGAACUUGUAAAAAGUCAAAAGGCAGUUGAAAACAUGAAGGCCCUGACAGAAAGAGAAAGGGAGACGUUUGAAGUGGAGAAGGCUGAAGCACAGCAACAGAUAGAGCGUAUGGAAAGUAUUUUGAAAGAUUCCAAGAAGGACAAUGAAAGAGCAAAAGGCAUGAUUAAUCAACUUCAAGAGGAAAUGAUAACCAAUGAGGCAAAUCUUGAAGAAGCAAAGAUAAAGAUUGACAACUUAAAGCUCAUAAAUGAUGAUUUGGAGAGAACGAGAACAGAAUUAGAGUACCAUAACCAGCUCCUCAAAGAGCAGAUGGGUGAUUUGGAAAUUAAGUUGCAAGAGUUACAGGAAAACGUUCCUAAAAUAGACGUUAGUUCAGAAAUUCAAGAAGAAAAAGAAAAUACAGAGAGGGAAGACAGACAGCAAGAGGCUCUAGAGGAGGCUAGAAGAGAACUUAAGAGACAGAAAGAGGAAAUUGAUAAAGAAACCACAGACUUAAAGAUCAAAACAGAUGAAUUAAUGAUCCUUCAAGACGAAAUGAAAAACCAGAGUAAUAUCAUUGAAGAACUGAGGGCCACCUUGACUGUGAAGAGAAGUGAGCUUGAUGAGAAGAGGGAUGAAUUAAACAAACAAAAGCAAUAUAUGGAUGACAUGGUGAAAGCCUCAAAGAGAGAGUUGAAAGAGGCACGUGCUGAAAUUGAAAUGCAGAAGCAGCAAAUAAAUGAACAUAUCAAGCAAGCUGUUAAAAGUGAGAGGGAUGAACUUGAAAAUCUCAAGAAUUACCUACUGAAAGAGAAGAGGGAUGUUGAAAGUGCAAAGGAAAAGAUAAACAAAGAAAUGGAGGACAUUGACAAAAUUCGAAACCAGUUACACGUCCAAAUAGGAGAGAUGGAUGCUGAGAAACAGAUGCUAAGUAACAGAGAGAAUGAUCUUAAAGAGGCUCAGUCUGAGCUACGAAAUAAGACUAAUGAUGCAGAGAAACUCAUGGAAGAAGAGAGGGAAAAACUAGAGAUGGUGGCUGCUGAACAGCAAAAGGAGAAAGAGGAGCUUGAGUUUAUUAUUGGGGAGACCAAGAAGAAACAAAAAUACCUAGAAUAUGAGCUACACAGUCAACUACAACAUGUGAAGAACACGAAGGACAUGCUUGCAAAGGAGAAACUUGAUCUGGAUCAAAUGAAGGUAGAAAUACAGAGGACACAAGAUGAGCUAGAUAAUACUUUAACAAAGCAGCAAAAAGAAUUUCAGUUCCGGGAGAGUGACAUCCAAAGAGAAAAAGCAACUCUAGAGCAGAUGAAGGCUGACUUACAUAGGCAAACCAAUGAAAUAAACAGUGAGAAAGAGGAUAUGAACAUCAAGAGAAACAGACUUGAGCACUGGGAAGCAGAACUACAGAAACAGCAGUCUGAGAUUGAGGUAUUUAAGAACACUGUGAUCGCUGAGAAAGUUCAACUAGAGCAAACACAGGCAGAAAUACAACAGCAGCAAUAUGAAAUAAACAGCAUUUUGGAAGAAACCAGAAAAGAGCGAUAUGCAGUUGAGCAAGUGAAGCAUGAAACUGAACAGAGGAGAAAGGAGAUUGAGAACAUGAUGCGUGAGACUCUGAGAAUAGAAAAAGGUGAAUGGGAUCAGUUACAAAGUGAGUUACAACAAGAGAAGAAGGAAAUUGAGAAAGACAGGCAAACACUGAAAAUGUUAAUGGCUGAGCUUGAACAAAAACAAUCUGAUUUAGAUAAAGAGGAAGAGAGGAUUAAACUGGACAGACAAAACAUUCAAAAGGAGGCAGACAGCUUGGAACAAAUGAAAGCAGAGAUGCAAAGAAAAGCUGAGAAUAUUGAGAAAUAUAUGAAGGAGACACAGACAGAGAAGUUGAGAGUGGAAGAAAUGGGUGCUCUCCUCAUUAAAGAAAGGGAAGACUUUCAGAGGAUUAUCGAGGAGACCAAAAGGCAUGAGGUGGAAACAAAAAGAAUGCAAGCUGAGUUAAGAAAACAGAAACAAGAGCUUGAAGUCAGCAUGCAGUUGCUUCUGGGUGAAAAGAAUGAGCUGGACAAGAGUAAAACAGACUUUGAGACACUCAAGGAGAAUAUGGAAAAGCAGAUUAUAGAAGAGAGGGCAAAGGAUGUUUUGACAAGGACAGAAUUACGACACCAAAGAGAGGUUUUGGAACAGCUGCACACUGAUAUAAUGACACAGAAAGAAAUCAUGGAACAGGAAAAGAGGAAAACAAGAUUCAGGGAACAUGAAAUAGAAGCCGAUCAGAAAAAGUUGGAAGAACAGCAGAAGGAAAUUGAGGACUUUAAAGGUACUUUGAUGAUGGAAAAAACUCAGCUUGAGAAGAGACAGCAAGACCUGGAUGACAUGGCAGAGCAAAUGAGAAAGGAGAGAAAUAAUCUAGAGACCAUGGAAAAUGAAAUAGAAGAAAAAACACAUAAAUUAAAUGAGAAAAUUCAAGAAAUAGCAAAAGAGAAAAGUAAAGUGGAAACAACUAAGGCUGAAAUACAAAGACGAACCAUGGAGAAAGCCAUGGAGGAGACAGUGAAGGAGAGCGAGAGGGUGGCAGAAGUUGCGCCCCAGCUUGGAAAGGAAAGAGAAGAGCUCGAGAACAUCAGCAGAGAAGUGAAGAAGAAAGAGGCAUAUCUAGAUCAACUGAAUGCUGAGAUACAAAGAUGCCAACACGAAAUGGUAAAUAUGAAAGACCUGUAUGAGAAAGAGAUCAGUCUGAUUCAACAGAAGCGAGCUGACUUACAGAGAGAGGUGGAUGAGUUAGAAGCCAAGUCAAAACAACUUAGGAAAAAGACUGAGAUCACAAUGCCAGAAAAGGUUGAUGAACAACUGCUCAGAAGCAAAACUGAGGAAGAGGAAAGGGAUGUAGGAAAAAUGGAAUUGAGAAAACAAGAACUAGAGCUAUUGCAAGCACGGCUCCAUAAACAAAGGGAUGAACUGCUAGAUCUACAGAACAUAGUCACAAAGGAGAAGAAUGAACUCAAAACAAGGCAGAUAGAGGUAAGUCAAAAGCAGCAAGAGGUGGAUGAUACCAUAGAAGCAUUGAGAGGGAAGAGAGAUGAGAUGGAAAGAGAAAGGUCUGAAUUUGAUGGAGAGAGAGACAUGUUCAUGAAAAGACUGCAAAGAGAGAAAGAUGAACUUGACGAACUGAAAACUCUUAUUCAGAAGGACAAGGAGGAAACUGAAGACUGUAAAGAGAGCCUGAAGAACGAGAAGAGUUGUAUUGAAAGUGACAGAGCUGAUCUAGACAGACAGAGGGGACUACUAGAACUUGCACAACAAAAUAUACAACAUGAGAGAACUUUACUGCAACAGGAAAAAGCACAGAUGCAGAAAGAGACAGAUGAUAUGGAGAACAGAACAAAAAGAGCAAAGGUUGAAUUAAAUGAGAUUGAUUUCCAGCUUGAAGAGCUCAAAAAGGAGAUGGGCAACAUCACCGAGCAGAUUAUCAGAAAGCAAAAGGAGCUGAAGAUGCUGAACAAUGAAAUCAAUGAAACGCAACAAGUCAUAGAACAUUAUAGACAAAUCCCAGUAAUGCUUGAGCAAGUUGAAGAAAAAGAGACUCUACUGUUACCUGAGGCAAGUGUUUCAAGGGAAGAAGCAGAGAUACUUAAAGAACAGGAAUAUCCUGAAUACAAAGAGAGGCCGUUGGAAAAGAAAGAGAAAAAGUGGCUACAAGCAAUAAUCAAAACAGAUGGUCAAACACAAACUGAUAUGGAAGAUCUAGAGGAAAGCUUUAGCAGUGAAAAACUGAAAGCAGAGCAAGACGUAACAAUUAGAGGGAAACAACAAGCCUCAAGUGAUCCAAGGCAAGUGGACUAUGACGUUCCCCCACAAGGGGAAGAAAUAGAAACAAUAAGGAAAUCGCUGAGGUCAGAAAUGGAAGAGCUAAACCAAAUGAAGACAAUUGUCAUGAAAGAGAGAGAUGAACUGACACAGGCAAAGACUGAUCUUGAAGUGAAGGUUGAGAAUCUUGAAAUGAUUCUGGAGCAAGCUAAGAAGGAGAAAGAGAGGGAUAAGACUAUGCUAAUCCAUCUUAUGAAAGAGAAAGAGGAAUUAUUCCUUGCCAUUGCUGAGAAAGAUAAUGAGAUUAAGGAACUCCACAUGACAUUGCAGAAAAAGUCAGAGGAACAGGAAAAGACAAUAGCAGAUAUUAAAGAAGAGAAGAAGAAACUAGAGAUCGACAAGGGCUUGUUAAGGAAAGAGAGAGAUGAAUUUGAACAAAUGAGAGUUGGAGUACCUGGGAUGAAGGUAAAGAGGAUAAGAGAAACAGUUGAACUUGAAGAACUGAAAGACAAAGCAGACACACAGCAAAAGGAAUCUAGCAAAGGUAUUCCGGAAAAGAAAACGACAGAUGAGAAAGAGGUACAAGCAAUUGAGAAAGAACAGGACAAAAGGACAAAAACAGCUAAUGCUGAGACACAAACUUCUGCAGGAGAACCAAGGCAACAAGAACUUUUCCAUGGCAUAGCAGAGCCCAUAAGAGAUGACCUCAUGAGAUCUGACUCAGAAAGACAGAGAGCUGACCUUGAGAACAGGAAAAAAGAAAUAAAAACAAGCGAACUAAGACUUGAAAAUGCAAAAGCCAUGUUGGAGAAAGUAGAAUAUGAAUGUAGUGUUGCCGAAAAAAGGAUGAAAGAGAUCAUUGAGAAUAUUCAAAUGAACAGUAAUGAGCUGGAGCAGAUUAUGGCAGAAAUCCAGAAACAGAGAGAGGACAUGGAACAUUUAACACAACAGUGUCAAAGCAGAAGACUUGAACUGAAGCAAAUAGAAGCCAAUAUACAACAAAAGGAGAGAAUGAAAAGAGAGUUGACUGAAGUGAAAAUAGAAAUGCACAGAGAAGAAGAAGGCAGAGAAAAAGAGAUCACAGUUAAACAAACAUACAAGGAGAAAGCGAAGGAUGUCUGUAUACAGUGUAAAAUGGAAAAACAAAUGGAGGAUGCAGAAACUAUCACAGAACUUGCAACUGAUGCUGAAGUCGUGGAGAAAAAGACAAGCAUGACUCAGACAUGUGAUACAGAUAUAUUAACUAUUGAAGAUCAGACACCUGACCCAAACCUUCUGACUUACAAAAGAGAGAUAGAUGAGAUGACUAGAACAAUAGAGGAUAUGAAAAAGGAGCUAGAGAAAAGAUUGCAUGACAUUCAGAGGAAGGAACUGGAGAGAGCUGGAGUACAGAAAGAGAAAAUCGAGGUGGAGCUCAAGAAAGCUGAAAUGGAAAGGUACAAAGAAGCACUUCGUCAAGAGCGGGAGAAAGACAAACAGAAAGUGAUGGAGAAGGAGAAAGAAAUCAUUCUGUUAAAGGAGUGUUUGCUGAUUGAGAUUGAACAGCUAAAGAGCAAGAAGCUAGACAAAAACACAGAAGAAUACCUGCAGAAGCUACAGCAACUCAUCAGCAAAACAGCGAUAAAAAUGGAAAGAUUCAGGCGGGUGACGGACAAAGCUGUACAAACAGUGACAGAGGAGCGCACAGGAGAAGAAGAGAGAGGGACAGAUCAUCAGGUGGAGGUUGUCAGAGUGUAUGGCUGGGCUGGAAGAGAGGAGGCUGCCACCUCUGCUGUGCAUGUCCUGGCUGAAGAGGAGGAGGAGGAGGAGGAGGAGGAGGGGGAGAGAACUGAACCAGUGAGGGGAGAGGUGGCUGUGAGCAUGUCACGGAGAAGGUGGCUGCUGCGGUGGAUCAGGCGAUGCUGCUGCUGCUGCUGCCCGAGAGAAUCUGAAGAGGAAGAGCAGGACAUUCUGUGAUCUGUACUCAGCCUCCCACAAACCAAGUGCACUUAAACCUGAAAGACAUUUCAUAAGCCAUUGACCAGUUUCUAAUUACACAUUUUCAUUCUUGUGACAAUAUUUUGUUAGUCAAAAGAAAACCUAAUUUUUCUUGCUUCAUUCAAAAUACACCAGAUUUUUAAUUUUGCAAGUAUUUUUUAAAAAUGCAUGCUGCCCUUUACAUUUCAUGACAAAUCGAACAAUACAAAUUUUGGAAAGCAAAGAUGUUAUUUUCCUUCUAUAAAGGUACCGUUUCUGAUAUAUGAGGUUUUCUUAUGACUGUCAUCAUUUACAAAAGAAACAAAAAGAACGUUUCAUGGCAUUUAACAGACAAAUGAAUGUUAGACUAUUUGAGGAUGGAUGGUUAUGUAACAUUUUCAAGAACAUAUUUAAAUAAAAAAAUGUACACAUGCUAUGAUGGGAAAGUCACUACUAAUGUCCCACCAUUUACAUUUUCUGUUGAAUGGUUGCAAGCUUGUGUAAAAUGAACUAUAAUUAACCAAAAUGUGUACAUUUGAAUACAUAUUUGUGUUCUUUCCCCAGAAUAAUUUCUAUAGGACAAUCUGGAAACUGGAAACACAUUUCAAAACUGUCUCCAUUGAUUUCGAGCAACCCAUUUUGUAUUAGAUUUCAUUUUUGUAUUUGUUUUUUUUUUUACAUUUGAAUUGUUCUAAAUUGAUCUUGACAAAAAUUGAAUGAUUUGAUUGGAAAUCUUAAAAUGAAUGAUCACUCCCUUUGUUACAAGGUUCACGGUAACAUGUGCACAUGUCUGGACCAGAUGGUGCACCUAUUGAAAAAAACUGCACUGUACUGCUGGGAUUAAGGCUCAGGUUAUGCUGAAGGUCACCAAGAACUGGAUAUGUCCUCAUUUGGAUGGAAGGACAGCAGGAUUUCUCUCCUAUGUUGCCUGAGACAUCCAGCCUGACUGUCAGAUCAUGCUGCAGAAUUAAGCAUUUAGCACACUCAGAGCGUGUGCAGGUGUUUCACAGUGACAGAUGGCUGGAAGUCAAGAAACAAUGAAAGGUUGCAUAGUCAUCGGAGGAUGCAUGUGCUAGCCUUCACUAUUCCACCCUGUUACUGUCAGGUGAUGGGAGAAAGACCUCUGACUAUAAUUAAAUUGGGCUAAUAAAAACAUGACAAAAUUGACUCACCAAAGACUUGGGAACCAGCACAGCCCUGAAAACGCCACAAAUUUCCAAAAGCAGACUGCAGCACUGAGCCGUGAGCACGAAGGGAUGGUGCUACAAAUGUACCUGAACAAAAAAGGGAGCUGUGUUAUAUUAUUUUUAAAAAACGAAAUUAAUACUGGGGAUGAAAUCAGAUGUGGAUUCAUGUACUAACAUUUUAUCCAAGAAGGAGUUUUAACACAGUUGUUUAAUAAUAAUAUCAGAAUAUAUAUUUUCUAAUUGUUUUACCAAAAUGUUCAUGUAUCCUGUUAACGCCAAAAAUUGGGAUAAAUGUGAUUUUGACAUCAGA